CUUCCCUUUCGGUUCUUGCACUCCCGGGAACAAGGUCGUGAGAAAAGGAGGGUUUGGGCUGGUGCCGCCAUUUCUUCUGCCUUUGGUCUCUGCGCCUGUCGCAGAGCUUCCGACCGCGUUAUGUUGGGACACAGCAUCCGGAGGUUCACAACUUCUGUGGUCCGUAGGAGCCACUAUGAGGAGGGCCCAGGGAAGAAUGUGCCAUUUUCAGUGGAAAACAAGUGGCGGUUACUAGCUGUGAUGACUCUGUACUUUGGAUCUGGAUUUGCUGCACCUUUCUUUAUAGUAAGACACCAACUGCUUAAGAAAUAAGGAUGUUUUAGUUAAUCCAUGAAACAGAUAUGAAGAGAAGCAUUUUAAGAGGUGCAGUCUCUGUGAAAAAUGAAUCAAACUCUUGAACUCAGCAUACUAAAUAUGUUUGUAAAUAAACUUACUGCAUGAAUCCUCAAUGCCUCUCCUCUGAAAUAUGGAAUGUGAUCAUUGAGCAUGUGCUUUCUUUUUUGUCAGGGUAAUAUUCCAGUGUUAGUUUCUUGAUCAAAUUAUGUAUGCAGUUUAGCUUGUUUCUUGGUUUUAUAUUCUGAGAUUUUGUUUAGUUUUUCAUUCGUAAAUCAGGACCUAGUUGGUAAUGUGUUACAAAAGAGAAAUGCAAAUGUGAUUUUGGUUGUCCUGUAAUCGUUUUUUCUUUUAAGGGAGGAAAAAAGUAUACUUUUAGUCUUCCCCUUUACUUUGAAGGAGUAAAAUCGUUUUUCUCCAUGAAUGAUAAUUAGUUAAUCAUGAGGAAAACCAAUAGUAUAUACAGAUUGAAGUUGAAGAGCUUCAUUUAUUUUCCUCUAGACCUGUAAGCUAAAUCUGAAAUUUUUGCUUUGAUAAAUUUGCUAAUGACUACUA